AUGGCGGACAGGGGCAUCUGCUUGUUGGCGGAGGAGUUGUCAUUUGUGGCCCAUGAUAAGAGGAUUCUGGAUCGAGUGAAUUUGGUGGCGAAGCCCGGGGAGUUGUUAGCUAUAAUGGGUCCAUCGGGCUCUGGCAAAACUAGUUUAUUGAACAUUAUAGCGGGUCGGACUCGGAAUCGACUGAGGGGUCCGGAGGAGCCAGUUGUGGCACGGAAGGUGCCGAUUCCGACUGGUCGUAUUUACCUGAAUGGUCAUCAGGUAGAUUACAAGGUGCUGAAGCAGGCUAGUCGUUAUGUAAUGCAGAGUGACUGUCUGUUGCCUUUUCUGAAUGUUGAAGAAACGAUAACCUUUGCGGCGAGUCUGAAGCUUACAAAAUUAAGUAAGAGCGAGCGGAAGGCUGUCGUCGACCGGGUUAUCUGCCAGCUGGGACUGGAGGAAUGUCGGCAUGUGCUCAUUGGAGGUCGUAUUAAGAAAGGUGUUUCAGGAGGACAAAAAAAACGGGUUUCUAUUGCCAUCGAACUUUUGGAAGAUCCACAGGUCAUUUUCCUAGACGAACCUACUUCAGGACUUGAUAGCUCACUUGCCUUUGAUGUACUAAGCGUUGUUAAGGGGCUUGCUGCAUCUGGUAAAACAAUUAUCUCUACCAUCCAUCAGCCGAGAAUCCAGAUAUUCAACCUCUUUGAUCGUCUAGCCAUUUUAUCCCUUGGAAGGAUGGUCUAUCAAGGAAGAGCGUCAGAAAUGAAAUCGUACUGGAUAUCCAUCGGGUACCCACCACCUCCUAGAAACAACGUAGCAGAUUUCUCGUUGGAUCUUCUCACCGUUUCUACAGUUGUUGAAGAGCCACCUGUCCGUCAGUCGUUGUCUAAGCGACUGUCGAAACUAGGCAGUGUCAUCAGCAAAGGAAGCUUUGUGGGUCCUAUCGAAAACUCUGGCUCUUUCAUUGUACCGCCGGAUAACAUGGCCCAGGUUGUCGAAGGUGGUGGCAGACAAGUCAUACCUGAAUCGGAGGUUUUGGUCUUGCCUGACACGUUCGAGACCACUACAUGGGGAAAACAGCUUCUUGUCGACGUCGAGGACGCGAAACGGCAAGUGGGUGAUAUAGGAGAUGUUGUUACUUCUAAUGCUGGUGCGAAUCCGGUAUGGAGAUUUUUGAAGAACACUGCUACGCUUACUCAUCGUCAUGUACUCAACCGAGCUCGAAACUGGGUUAGUACUUUAAUCCAGGUGGCAGUGACGGUCAUCAUGUCAGUUAUUAUUGGGUUGAUCUUCUUCCACGUAACGAAGCCUACGAAUGCUUAUGAUUGUGUUAACUACUUUAAUGUGAUGGGCGUGGUGGCGUUUAGUUCGAUUAAUAUGUCAUUUUCGACAUUGCAGAAUUGGAUUGAUUUCCCUGACCUACGUCCGUUAUACAAUCGGGAGCAAGCGGGUGGUUUGUACAAUUCGGUGUCGGCCUUUUUAGGAAUGGUGCUUGGUGAUUUCCCAUUCCUUUGUAUCCUCCCGAUUGUUCACACACUCGCUAUUUAUUGGUUGGCUGAUCUCGGUAGUCAAGCGAACUUCUUCUUCUUCUAUUUAAUUCUGGCUGGCAUUAUGGCAUGGAGUGCCAGCGGUUGGGCAAUGUUCUCCGGCUGUGUCGCCCCUUCAGCACCUGGGGCCAGUGCCAUUGCGCCACUGGGAGUAAUAUUAUCCAUCUUGCUUUCCGGACUCUGGAUCACAGAAAGCGCACUCCCGACUUUCUGGCGUGGGAUCUCACACGUCAGCUGGAUUCGCUAUGGCAUGGGAGGCUUCCUAGACCUACGAUUCGGAGACCUAGGCGUCAUCGACCAAUGCGCCCCCCUCCCCAAAGGACUCUCGCCUGCCGCUAAUCUCGGGGUCGCAUUCUCCAUCGGCAUCGGCUGGAGAAUCGUCGCCUGGGCCGCCUUCCGAUUCACCAACACACGAGUCGGUCUCGAAGCUUAA